CCUCAGACGUGUGAGCUCGAGCGAGCAUCGCUGCUCUCUCAAAUGAGUUCAGACUGGAAAGAAGAGCGUUUCAUCCCAGAAUGCACUGCAGACGGCCGUUACAGCCCGGCACAGUGUCACGCUGCUACAGGUUACUGUUGGUGUGUCAGAGUGGACAGCGGCCGGCCGCUACCAGGCACCUCUGCAAGGAAUCGCAUCCCAGAAUGCACUGGGGCAGAGGAGGCACCGACAGACAGAAGGCACAAGGAAAAACCUCUUCCUGGAUGUCCCGGAGCUCGGAAGAAGCAGUUCCUACAGAGUCUGGUUAGAGCUCUGCAGCUGGAAGCAGAGCAUGCUGGGAAUCUGAGUCCUGACCAGCCCUCAAACACACCUCCCUCCAGCUCUACUUUUACAUCUCUCAACACUCCAUCCCCCUCCUCCCCGUCCUCCUCCGCUCUGGAGGUCCCUUCUCCUGCUGCUCUGGAGGCUGUAGAGUCCUCAAGCCCAGAGGUCGUGCUGCGGUGGCACUUCAGACAGCUGGACGUGGACUCCAACGGGAUGCUAAGCGAACGCGAAGCUCGACCUCUUCGUCAGUUUCUGCGACAGAGGCUGAGGCCACGACGGUGCGCCAAGAAGUUCGCUGAGUACUGUGAUAGAGACGGAGACCGAGGCCUGACGCUGGUGGAGCUGAGGGUCUGUCUGGGCCUCUGA